GACAUCAUAUUGGUACUUUACGUUGAUGAUGCCUGCCUCAUGUCCCCAAACAAAGCUUUGAUCAAUAAAGAAAUCAAAUCCCUACAAGAACAAUACAACUUGACUGACGAUGGGGAACUACAAGACGAUCUUGGUACUCGUUUCACAAAACAACCCGACGGGUCGAUUCUUCUUGAACAGCCUCGCAUGAUUCAACGAAUAUUAGAAAUGGUCGGGCUCACUGCUGACCAAGUCAAAACUCACGACAGUCCAGCUUCCAGUGCAAACAUAUUAGACAAGGACCCAGACGGUAAAGCUCAUGAUUAUCCGUGGAACUACAGAUCAGUGGUGGGCAGCCUUAGUUAUUUACAAGCCAUGAUUCGCCCAGAUCUCACGAUGGCAGUACAACAGUGUGCUCGAUUUUGCAAUGACCCAAAAGAGUCUCAUUGUACUGCAGUCAAAAGAAUUUGCAGGUACUUGCACUCAACACAACAUCAAGGGCUUCGAUUCAAGCCAGAUCCUACGAAAGGGUUGGAGUGUUAUGUGGAUGCGGAUUGGGCCGGCUCUUGGCAAGACCGCACAUCAACUGAUCCUUUGUCUGCAAGAUCUCGAACAGGAUACAUCAUUACCUACGCUGGAUGCCCAAUUAUUUGGGCAUCGAAGCUUCAUACAUUGGUUGCAUUAUCUACGACUGAAGCUGAAUAUAUUGCAUUAUCUACGUCUCUACGUGAAGUCAUUGCUGUUAUGAAUCUGAUAAUCGAAGCUGCCUUGAGAUUGCAACAAAUCACCGAACAAGACCAAGGACCAAGCACUUGUCUGUCCGCCUACAUCAUUUUCUUUCUCACAUAUUGGCAAAAAUCAUAA